AUGUCCUCUCCGCCCUCCCGCCUCGCCCGCCUCCCUCCCAUUCUCUCCCACUUCCUCGGCUAUCGCACGGCGCCACCCCGCCCGCUCCCUGCGUUGCUCGUUUGGGUCUGGUCCUGGAUUGGCGCGUUUUGCGGCUUGUCCGUGAUCAUGGCCGUCUUUGGACAGGCGCGAUACUUUCUCGAACGCGACGUCCCACUAUUAGGCGCCUCCGCCGUCCUCAUCUACGGCGCCCCCGACGCCCCAUUCUCCCAGCCCCGCGCCCUCUUCGGCGGCCACUUCAUCGGCGCCCUCCUCGGCACCUGCAUCGCCAAGCUCUUCCGCCUCCUCCCGCCUGCGCGCUUCGCCCAGCUCCGCUGGCUCGCCGCCGCGCUCUCCUGCGCAACCGCAACCGUCGCGAUGCAGAUCACGGGCACCACGCACCCGCCCGCCGGCGCGACCGCGCUGCUCCCCAGCGUCGACGACGGCGUCGGCGAGAUUGGGUGGUACUUUCUGCCCGUCGUGCUGCUGUCUUCGACGCUCGCGCUUGCGGUUGCGCUGCUCGUGAAUAAUGUCCAGCGGCGGUACCCCGUGUGGUGGUUCGUGCCG